CGUGCCGGGCUCUCGCGCCACGGGGCGCUACCGUUUGUGCGGAGUGAUGGAGUCUUUGGGAAUGAGGCCAGACUCGGUGACCUCAGCAAUUAAGAGGCGUGUUAAAGACAAGAGAGCUUCAAAGACUACGCUGAAUGUUUCUCUUGCUUCAAAAAUCAAAACAAAAAUAAUAAACAAUUCUUCUAUUUUCAAAAUUUCCCUAAAGCACAACAACAGAGCGUUGGCUCAGGCUCUCAGCAGAGAGAAAGAGAACUCCCGAAGAAUUACAACUGAAAAGAUGCUAUUGCAAAAAGAAGUGGAGAAGCUGAACUUCAAGAAUGCCUUUCUUCAGCUAAAGUUAGAUAAGUUGAAUAAGAAGCUCAUAGAAAUAGAAGCGCUCCUGAGCAACAACUUGAUAGCUGCAAUUGAAAUGAGCAGUCUUUCUGAGUUCCAUCAGAGCUCCUUUCUGCCGUCCACUAGCAAGAAGAAGCGGCCCAGCAAGCAGUGCGAGUUAAUGCGUCUUCCGUUCGCAAGGGUCCCGUUGCCGCCUAACGAGGAUGAGGAUGACAAGGAAAAGACGCCAGGGGGUAGCAGUGUCGCGUCAAGGGCGUUGCCUGGCACUCCGCCUUCAGCAUCAACAGGGCCAUCUGCACCGACUCAGCAUACUGUGGGCACGCUACUUCUUACGGAAAAUGAUUGGAGUCUGUGUGGUCCGGGUGGUGCGGAACAUGUUUCUAGUGUCCCUGCACCUCCCAAAGAGCCCCACUUAGACCGACGUUCCCAGCGUGCUGUGGUGAGCGAGAUGACCAGUGGCCUGUGCAGCAGCGAUGAGAGGGAGAAGCUGUCCCUUAGUAAUGUGACUGCCAGGAAGAAGCGUGGGUUGUGCUGGGCCUCAGAGGACCUUCCUGUGGAUGCACCCUCAGCGGCAGCCUCGGGGCCACAGCAGAGUCUGAGUCCCGCAUCGGGCAGGAACAUGGAGACGGAGGGCUGCGCUACUGCUGCUGCUACUGAGAAGAGCAUCACAGUGCCCAGAAAUCCGCCAGGCCUCGCUGGCCUCAAGAGCCCCCCUGCACCUUCCAGGAAGCCCGGCACAGACAGCGCAGGGCACAUGCAGGAGGGUGAGGACCCCCAGGAGCAAGCAACCGUGUAUGGAGCGGACAUGGAGCUGACAGCCACCGAUGUGAGCACAAUUGUCACCGUUACCCGAGGCGGCAGGCCUAAGAGCAAUAAAAAGAUGAACGACUGUGAGGGCAAGGCUUCCAGGAAGGCAAGAGACCAGAGCUCUGAGGCAAAGAGAGAAGGGCCACAGAGAAAAUGUAAACUUAGUGCAGGCAUGCACGCCGAGGGGCAGGCUGAGAGUGGGCCGCAGGGACGCUCUGCGUGCAGCGGCUGCAGCGGGGACUCGGGAGACCCUGAUUUCAUCGUCAGUACUGCACAGCCGUCUCCAUCAAAUCUGCGGAGGAAAACAACCCUUCAUCGUGGCUCUGGUGCAGAGGGCAGACACAGUGCCCAGUGCAGCAGACAGGAGAAAGGAUGCGAGGCCAGCACGCAGGGGACAGCAUCCCCUCCCUCCCCCAGUGCAGGUGGGGCCCUGCGAGAGGGAGGCAUGCGUAAGCCCCAGAACUCAAAAGCAGGCAGUAGAAGUAAAGCUUCCAGACAGACAUGCGUGAUUCGGAAGAUAGAAAAAGAUCCCUUAUUCUCAAACCGAGAUGAUAAAGAAACCAUUUCUGAAAACCUGGAAGUAGCACAGGAAUUUCAGGCAGCUGAUCUUUCCUCCAAAGAAAAUGAAAAUGUAUAUGCCUAUGAGAUCCAGAAUCUGUUAAACAAGCGUGUCUCUGAUAGGCAGCCUGCCAGUCAGUCAGAAGUCAAGCUUAAGCAGAAAGUAAGCAGAAGGACAGAAAUAAUUUCUCAAGUAAACCAGUGGUGUGAGGACAACAGUAAACAUGUGCACACCCCCCAGCAGAGGAAUGGUUUCUUCCACGUGGAUAAAGAGACCGCCUCUGGAAACCUGGGCGUCUCAGAAGACCUUCACAGGCCCAGUCCUUUCCUGAGCAAUCACGGAGGCCUGUGUGCCCGUGAGACCUGGAACUCAUUCAAUUUGCAGAAGCCAAUCAUUCCUGCGUACCCUGUUCAGCAAAAUGAGUCCAAAAUUAAUAAGUUUAGGCAGAAAGUAAAUCGGAAGACAGAGAUAAUUUCUGAAACAAAUCAUUUUGAUGAUAAUAAAAGUGGCAGUUGCUCAGAAAAAGGUAAUUUGCUCUUCCCCCAGAAGGAGAAGGAAGUCCUCGCUGCAGAUGCAAAAGACCUGAGUGAGUUUCAGGCCCCUGGUCUUCCUCCCCAGGACAGCGAGCUGUGUAAGUGCGAAGCUGAGACUGCUUCGACUGUGAGGAAGCAGAUCUGUGGUGUGCUAGCUGCAUGUCGGAAUGAUCCCAACACAGGGAGACUUGGAGGAAAGAGCUAUCAAAGUACAGAAAUCUCUGAGCUUACCCAGGGCCACGGCCUGCAAGCCCUGGAAAAAAGUAAUGUUGCUUCUCUAAUCCACAAGGAUGCUGAACCCAUUUCUAAAAGCCCAGAGGUCACACUUGAGUUUCAUACAGUUGAUUUUCCCACCAAAGAUCAUGAAAAUUUGUACAACUAUGAGACCCAGAAAAACUGUGUCACCAGUGUGCAGCUUCCUCAGCAGAAGGAAUCAAAAACAAAUAAGCUUAGACAGAAAGUAAAUCGGAAGACAGAAAUAAUUUCUAAAGUGAUCCAGAUAUAUGAGGAUAUUGAUAAUGAGGUACAUGGCCAAAAAAACUACUCAGAAGAUCUCGAUCUUAAAAUCGUUAGAUCUAAAAGAAGAUUCGAUCAAAAAACACUUAUAGGUGAAUACUAUAUGGAGAUCAACAGUGAUAUAGCUCCAGAUCCAUCUAAACUAGUUAAAAAGCAUAGAAGAAAGUCGUCAGGCAAGGCAAAGAACAUUCUGACAAGAGAUCAUAGCAGGUUGGCCUUGCCGCCUGCAGAUUCAUCACAGGCACCUGCCACCUCGGAGGCUGGCAUGGCAUGCGUCAGCAGUGGGCCUGACUCUGCCACUGGAGGGCCAGUUGCACAUCCCGGGCUUCAGAGACCAGUCUCUGUAACUCCAGACACAAACAGCCACGCUUCCUGGGUGGAGGCGAAGAAAGCUGGGCAGUGCCAGGCCACGGAGGUGACCAGGGUGAUACCCAGAGUGAAUCGGAGGACAACCUCCACAGCGCUUCCUCGUCGCUCCAAGGGAGCCGCGGCCCUUGUGCCGAGUGCUGCUCCCCGGAGGCCUGCUGGCUGUGAGCACGUGGACCAGGAAAACUGGGGCGAGAGUGGGAGGUCUUUUGGCAGUGAGCUGGACUUCUACACGAAGGCAUUUCAAUCUUUCUCUCAGAUACAUUCCCCUGAUAUGCAGUGUUCUUCCUCUGAUGGUGUCCAUGAGGGUUCAGUGCCUGUGAGUGUUUCUUCUAGUAAAUUCCUGGCCAUCAGAGACCUCUCUGUCCCUACGCAGUCACUCAGCUGUCGGGGCUGCAGUGACGAGCAUGAGAAGAUGAAGGAGGUACGAGCCAGUGUGGGCCAGAGAGCACAGAAGAAGCCAGCAACAGGUGACAGAACACUGCAGGACUUGACAAACACUGACUUCUUUUCAAGUAACACUGCAAAGUCUGAGAGUGAGUCAAGAGAAGGAGCUUCCCAGCCACCGAGCAAAAGACGGCGGUGCACACCAGUCAGUCUGAAAGAGCCCAGUCUCAAAAGAAAGAUGCGAAGAUGAUGUGAAGACUGACUCUAGCUUUUGUGAAUUCUCAAGCCACAAGAAGUCAGAACAGAAAUACAUGUGGGAUCACCAAGGUGGCACACGUGGAAGUUCUUUUUCCCCUUCAGCCUUUUCUUGGGUGUUGAUUUGGUUGUUCCUGUA